AUGAUUACCGUCUGGAUUACUUCAGAAGCUGGAUUGAGUCAGAUGCACCUGCCAAAGUACGAGAAUAAACCAUUCAAGCCACCCAGGAGACUGUCUCAAGUGGGUUCAGUUCGGCCUAAUUCAUCCACGGCGAAGGUUACCGUUAAGAGGUGUGUGGGAAAUUUAGCUCCAGCCCCACUAGAGGCCAAAGGAGCUAAGAAAUUAAAGUGUGAAUCACAGGGUUUACAGGAUGGAAGGAAGAUCUACACUGUCGUUCACCGCAAACCAUCCUUGAAGAAACACAAAACGUGGGAUGGCGAUGGGUACGCUAUAUCAAAAAGUCUGAACACGUUCUCAUUUUACGAUAAUUCUGGGAAGUUUAUAGCCAAUUCAGUCUACGCUGACGAGCAGGAACAAUUAUUUGAUCAUAUUUUCAAAGCUGCGUCCUUGGAGUUGCAAUUGGAUUACGAGAUCACCGAUGCAGAGGAACGGCGAGAAGCCGAAAUAGUCCUUGGCAAACCUGAUAACGCUCUAAAGGGACAGGAUGUGAGUGAGGCCACUUCGAAGCGUCAGGCAGAAAGUAUUCGACAAACACUAUGCGUUACAGCAGAAAAAGCUUCAGUCUCGAACAUAAAAGCUGAACAGAAACGGGCAUUCAGCCCCAUGCUACGAAAAUCAAAAGGUAGUGAGGCAUCAAGCAUGAAAGAUGCAAAGUUGAAACCGAAGAGGAAUUAUUCGCCAUUGUUUGAUGUGUCUAAAAUUGAGAAUCCCGUGGUUAUGAACAAGGCCCGUGAUGCGGACAUUGAUGUGAUAGUUGACCCACUCAUCAGUAGACACCUGCGACCGCAUCAACGUGAGGGCGUGAAAUUUAUGUAUGACUGUCUUCUUGGCCUUGCCAGACCGAUGGAACCUUCUUCAGCUACAGCGAUGACAGAUGUCACCUCCAAAAGUUUAGUGCUUGAGCCUGAUGCAGACAUACAAGGGUGCCUUCUCGCAGAUGAAAUGGGUUUGGGGAAGACCCUGAUGACUAUUGCCCUAAUCUGGACUCUUCUUAAACAAACUCCCAAGGUCUCUCAAGUUCCAUGCUCUCAACAUGGGGUUCCACUGCAAGGUCUGUGUCAGAAAGUAUUGAUCGUCUGCCCCGUCACACUGAUAGGUAAUUGGAGGCGAGAAUUUGAUAAGUGGCUAAAUCUCUCACGCAUUGGAGUUCUGACCUUAAGCGCCAACAAUACCGCAGAGCGCGACAAGUACGACGUUCGAAACUUCCUUAGAAUUCAAAGAACUUAUCAGGUCCUCAUUAUUGGUUACGAAAAACUGCUUUCAGUAUCAGAAGAACUACGUCUAGGAAAGGACUCUCUUGAUCUGCUAGUCUGCGACGAGGGUCAUCGGUUGAAAAAUGGAGCUUCAAAAAUUCUCAACACCUUAAAGUCCUUAGACGUUGGCAGGAAGAUACUGCUUUCUGGAACUCCGAUCCAAAACGAUCUUAAUGAAUAUUACACAAUAAUCGACUUCAUAAAUCCGGGGAUCCUUGGAAACUACUCACAAUUCAAGAAACGUUUCAUCAAUCCUAUAUCUAGAGCACGCGAUCCUGCUAAUAAGUUCAAUGAAGUCGCAGUUCAAAAAGGCGAGGAGCGUUCCAGUGAAAUGAUCCAAAUCACACAAAGGUUCAUUUUAAGACGAACUAGUUCCAUUUUGACAAAAUAUCUGCCGCCGAGGACUGAUCUCAUCUUGUGUUGCAGACCUACUGAAGUACAGAUAUCCGCAUUCAGAGACAUCCUGCAGGGGGCUCAACUUGAUUUGACAAAUCUCAAUUUCAAUUCAUCACUAGCGCUUAUUACUCUCCUGAAAAAAGUUUGCAAUUCUCCAACCUUGAUUCAGAAUGAUUCGUUUUACAAUUCCAAAUUACAGGAAGCGAAAGUUUUGAAUAAAUACAACCGCGCUUUAAAUUCUGGUAAACUGAAAGUCUUGAUGGCAUUAGUCGAACGAAUUCGAAACGGUACCGAUAAUGAGAAGGUAGUCGUUGUUUCAAAUUAUACACAAACCUUGGAUAUAAUCGAGAAUCUUAUGCGUUCUGCGGAUAUGCAGAUUUGCCGCCUUGAUGGCUCGACGCAAGCCAAACAGCGGGAUUCAAUUGUGUGCUCAUUCAACAAUAACCCGUCAAUCUUCGCGUUUCUUCUCAGUGCGAAAUCUGGUGGUGUUGGGCUAAACUUAACUGCGGCUUCAAGGCUAGUUCUAUUUGACAACGAUUGGAAUCCCUCCGUGGAUUUGCAGGCGAUGUCCAGGAUACACAGAGACGGACAAAAAAGGCACUGUUAUAUUUACCGACUCGUCACGACAGGAUGCAUCGAUGAGAAAAUAUUACAAAGGCAGCUGAUGAAGCAUAGCUUAAGCCAAAAAUUCCUUUGCGAUUCAACAGCAAACGAAGGCCAUGCUGAUGACGAUCUUUUCAGCAAAGAGGACCUCAAAGAUCUCUUUACAAUUUCCUGUGAAACUUUAAGCAAUACUCAUGACUUAAUAUGCUCCUGCAAAGGUAACAGUGAAAUCUCCGCAAAUGACAACACUCCAACGGUUAAGCAGGCUCCAAUAAAACGCGCGGCUACGAAGUUAAACCACUGGCAGAGUGCGCUCGAGGCUCGGCGACUCAUUGAACAAAGUGAAUCUGAGAAUAAUAAUGAAAAGAUCAGCUUAAUGAAAAGAUGCCUAGUUGGAUAUAAACACAUCGAUCCUAAUAUUGUAAACGAUUUAAUGGAUCCCGUUGCUACAGAAGCUUUCCAAAGGGUUUCCAAUGACAUAUCUUUUGUGUUUGUUAAGCCUGGAGAGCCAACGUUGGAGGUUACAUGA